AUGUCUGAACAUCUAAAGUCACAAUCAUCCGGUAAAAGAAGAUUCUUACAAGAUAUACCAAAAAAUGAGGAAAAUGAUUUACAAAACGAAGUAUUUAAAGAGAUUGAUGAUUUGAUAUUGGAGGAAGAGCGAAUCGAGAGACAAAUGUCACUCUCGACUCCAUCACUUCCACAAUGGCAGAACAACAAUCAAUCAAAUAGUAGUAGUAGUGGAAGUGGAGGUACCAACACAUUUGGCAGCGGUAAACUACUCUUUCCACAACAACAACAACAGCAACAGCAACAUCAACAACAACAACAGUUCCAAGACAAUGUCAGUACUGUUAGUAGUACUGGUAUGAUUAGUAGCAGUGGAUAUUCAUCGGCAUCAUCAUCCAAUGUUAUUAGUGCUAGCAACAGUGACAUGGAUGACGACGAUGUACCAUUGUCACACAAGGCAACCGUUUAUAGAGCACGAUCCAAUACACACAACAACGGCAAGCACAGCGGUUUGAAUCAUCUGACACCACAGCAACAACAGUCAUUGUCCAUGUCAUCGAUCCAACAGCCCCCUGAUGCCAAGACCAAGAGUGCGUCACACUCGUUUUUGCCAUCGUUUUUGCCUUCACUCACCAAACAUCUUCAGUCACUAUCAUCAUCGUCAUGUUCAACCACGACCACCAACAGUGCCAACACCAGUAUGAAUAGUUUCUACAACAUUGUCAAUGAACAACUUAAUAAUAGUAAUGGAGGUAGUCAAGGUAAUUAUAAUGGUAGUCAAGGCAAUUACAAUGGUAGCCAAGGUACAUACAACAAUGGAAGUCAAGGUACUUAUAAUGGUAGCCAAGGUAAUUACAAUGGUAGCCAAGGUACUUAUAAUAAUAGCAAUGGAAGUCAAGGUACUUAUAAUGGUAGCCAAGGUAAUUACAAUGGUAGCCAAGGUACUUAUAAUAAUGGAAGUCAAGGUAAUUAUAAUGGUAGCCAGGGUACUUAUAAUAAUAGCAAUGGAAGUUAUGGUGGAGGUAGCAACAAUGGGGGUAGCUUGGGAACGUAUACUAGUGUAAUACCCACAGCCACCAUUCCACACCAUCCACACCUAUACACAGACACCAAGAUGAGUAAUGGACACGCUAGCAAGGACGACAGCAGUAGUUUUGUCGACAGCCAAAGCGACAGUGUCAGAGUUGUCCGCAACAACAAUAACAAUGGUGCCUAUGUCAACAAUACAGAUGACGCAGACAAUGAUGACGACGAUGACAAUGAUGACACGACAAGUCACGGUGGUGAUACGACGACCAACAACACGACGACCAGCUAUUUGUACAGUCCCCAGAGCAGCGUGUUGAGCAGUAUGCGCAGCAACUUUAGCAGUAUGAGCAACACGAGCAUGUCGAUCAAUAACCUCGUCAACGCCGAGUCGGCCAUCCCCACCCGCGACCCCGGCUUCUCACCCACCCCAUCGCCACACUCGUCGACUCAAUUCUCACCGCAGUCGUCGACCCAGUUCUCGCUGCAGUUCUCGGCCAUCAACCUCAACCACCACAGCAGCGGCAGUUUGUCCAACAUUAUAAACUCGCCAUUCAACAGCAGUCGCCAGAGCGCCACCACGCUCAACAAGAUGCUCAACGGAUGGGUGUGGGUCAAGAAUAAGCAAUCCAUCGUCAUUGUCGGUCCUUCAAAUAUUGGAAAGAGUUUCCUCUUGAACACGAUCCUGCGUACCUCGUUUAUUCCAUCCACUUCCAACAAAAAACCAAUCCUUGCUUCUCAUCGUCCAAUUGUUCCUGAACCAGUACAACCACAGCAACAACAACAACAAGUUCAACAACCAAUUCAACCACAACAAUUAUUAUCAACAGAACAAUCAAAUUAUUAUUUAUUAAGUAAAUUAAAGAGUCAUUUAUCUCAAUCAUCAGGGAUUGUGAUUCAAAAGAUUGAUUCAAGGUAUCAGUUGGAUGAAGCAUUCUACAAUAGUAUGAAUUGGAACAAAGAAAAGGAAUUAGAGAUGGAAAGUAUCUAUCGCAUGUCACAGUACAUCCACAACAAGACUGCAGCCGCCACUGUAACAGACACACAAAGCUUUUUGUUGCCCCAAGGCCGACUUGGGUCGUCACAACACUACAGAAUCUCUUACGGACCGAUCUGUGAGUUAUUGGUAGAGUUUAUGGCAGAAAGUGAUGUUCGUUCCAUCCUCUGGGAAUUACAUACUCAUGAUGAAAGAGCAGAGAAAUCAGUUCCCAUUCAUCCUCGUCGACUAGAAUAUUUAAUUUGGAUUUAUACUUCAGUUGUUGAAGGUAGUAUUGUUCAAAAUGGACAAAAUGGUCAAACUACAACUACCAAUCCUACUACUACACCAAAUCAAACUACUACAUCAAUUUCAAGUAGAGUCAAUUUAAUCAAUGUAAAGAGUAGUUGGGAUUUACCACUUGUUGAAAAUGUAAAGGGAUUGUUGGGAAAAACAUUCCAAUUUAAAGGUCUUGGAAAGAAUCAUCAAUUGGAUCGUAUAUAUAUAAGAGAAAAGCUAAAGGAGACAUUGGCAUGUUAUGGUUUUAUUGUCGGUGGCUUCCACAUUAAGAUUCCAAGCAGUAUUUUGUUGGGCAGACGUGAAAUCACGUUGCUAUCAGACGACACACGACGUGGAAGUGUCACCAAGUUUACCAUUACUCGUGCCAUCGACGAUGCCGAUCAGAUCCUCCUUGCCUUUGACUACCGUGGCAUGUCGACCGAUACCGCCGAUAUCCUCAUCUCUAGUAAAUUCAUCAACAAACUGACAAACGAGUCUUGUGUCUAUUUUGCAGAAUUGGGUGAACAAUUCCAAAACAAAACAACCUAUCCAAAAGGCAUCUAUAAUUCAAAGGGUCUCAUCAUUCAUCAAUUGAAGAAAUUAUAUAGAAAUUCAAGAAAUGUAAACUUUGAUUUAAUUUUAGAUAAUUUUAAAUUAAUUCAAUUAAUGAAAAGAAAAAAGAAAUAUUAUAUUCCAUUAUUAUUUUCAUCAGUUGAAUUAAACAAAACAUUACCAAAUGAAUAUUUAAACAAUGGGUAUGAAUCAUUGAAUCAAGUUAGAGAACAAACCAAUAUUCCUCAGUUGAUUAAAAUCCUUCAACAUUCCAAUCAACCAUCAUGGAAUACACAACAUUUAUUAUUUGAUAAAUUUAAACAAGGUGUCAAUGGUAAAUCUCCAUUGGUUAAUAAUAUUUUAAAAGAAAGACAACAACAACAACAAUCACCACAAAAACAACAACAACCAUCUCAACCAUCGCAACAAUCAUCACAACAACCAUCUCAAGAACCAAUUCAAACAAUAUCAGAACCAACUUUAUCAACUGAUCAACAAAUGGUUCAAUCAGCUGAUCAAUCAUCAGUUGCAACUGCAGAGAUUAUUAUAGUUGAUGAUGGUGGAGAUAGUAAGAUGAUGGUUGAUGAGACUGUAGAGUACAAGUUAUCUAGUUCAUUUAGAGAUUUACAUGUCAAUGGUACUAUUGCACCAUCUUUGUCGUCAUCCAAUACCACUCCAUCUAGUGCCAAUAAUAGUGCUGGUAACUUGAACCUGCUUGCCGGUAAUAGUGCUGGUAACUUGAACUUGCUUGCCAAUGUAGUUUCAAAGGCUAUCCCAUUGGUCGAUCUAACACACACUAGCUCGGCAAGCAGCUCCAACAAUAACAGUGCAUCGAGUUCAUUGUCAACUACCCCAGUCAACCAAUCAAGAUUAAGUUCAAACAAUUGGAGAAAUCAGUAUGCUCAAUAUCGUACCAUUGCAGCUCAACAACCUCCACCUCCUCCACCUCCAUCUCCACAACAACCACAGCAGCAACCACAGCAACAACCACAAUCUCCACAACAUCAACAACAACCACAACCAACUACCAAUCCCAAUUUAUCAAAUGUAGUUGGUAUGGAAAGAAUAUCUACUUCAUUUAGAUCAAAGUUUGUUCUUUGGAAACGAACAUUGUUGGCAUUGGUCAGUUCAGAAUCGUCAGAGUCUAUCUUUUUGACCAAGGUUACCGAGAGUCAGGACGGUCAAACCAACUAUGACUCGUACUUUAGCGCCGAUGCCACCUACUAUAACCCCGUAUUGUUGCUUUGCAAGCCGUUGAUUAGCUGGACGCCCUCGUUUUGGCGUGAAAGUAUCGUUGACAAGAUGCCACAACUCGAAGAGGAGACCAUUGCCUUUUCGCGUACUCUUUUGACAGAUAUUUCCAAGUUGUUGAUCAACAAGGUGCCCAUGUCGACAGAGGAGCGUACACAACUCAUCAAGUUGCUCCAGUACUGCCAGUCGGCCACCGACCGUAACAUCCGUACAAAGAUGGCCAGUGUCCAAACCUAUUUGAACCAAAACAUGACAGUCCUCAUCUACUCGCUCUGCGUCGAAACACUCUGCCAAGAGUUGACGCUCAAGGUCAAAGACACCAAGGCAAUGAUCAACUACCACAGUCUGCUCGAGGAUGGGUUCCACAGCGUACCUCUCAUGUCCUCUUCGAGAAUCCAACAAAAGUUAUUAGAGAUUUUAAAGUUUGUCGUUGCUUCUUUGGACUCGAUCGAGAAACAUUUGGAACAUACUAUGCAGUAUCUCAUGAAUUCACCAUUCCGUCUUAAACGUCAAGCACAAGAACACCAACAACAACAGUUACAACAAUUGCAACAACAACAGCAACACCAACAACAACAACUACAACAACUUAUCAUGGGAUCUCCACAACAACAACUACCACCACAACAAUCAAUUGCAAUUAAUCUUUCUGGAUCAAUCAUUGAAAAUUAUGUAAAUUUAGUAUCGUCAAAUAAUAAUAGUAAUAAUAAUAAUAAUAAUGGUUUCAGAUCACCAUUAAAACAACAACAACAAUUGUUUAAUAAUAAUAAUUUCGAGGGUAAUGGAAAUAUUUCAUGUGUUGAUGGAAUGAUUGUUGUCAAGGCACCAUCGCCAACCACACCAAAGAAACAACAACCACAGACACCAGGUUGUACGCCACAAAAACUACCAGUCACCCCAACAUCACCUGCCUCUCCAUUAUCACCAUCUGUACAAAACAACAAGAACUCGUUUUCUGGUGGAUACCACAAUUACCACAAUAGUAUUGCGGAUUAUAAAUCAAUCAUUAUCGAUGUGGACAAUGACAGCCAAAAGUAUAAUAGUAUUGUUUACAGUAGAACCAAUCUUAAUAAUAUUUAUAAUCUUCCAGCUCCAACUACCCCUACUAUUACAUCCACCACUCCCACUAAUACCAUUCCAACCAUUACUACUACACCACCCGCCAUUACUAAUUUAACAACUGUACAACCAACAACAACAACAACAACAACAAUGUCUCAGCCAAUAUCUCCACCACGAUCACCAAGCAGUGGUGGUGAUAGAAACGGUGAUAGAAUGGAUGUUGAUGAUAAUGUUGGUGGUCCAUUUAAAAGAGUCAGACAAAACACUCCCACCUUUAAUUCGGCCGAACAACCACAACAACAACAGUUACAACAACAAUCACAACAAUUACAACCAAGACCAAAUGUUUCACCACCACAAACACCAACCACUUUGGUUCAACUUUGUAUUUCGAGAAUUUGUCAACAAGUUGAUACAUUGUCGACGAUUUGCCAAGCCAAUCUACGUGCAGAUUUGUUGCAAAAGAUUAUCACGUUUUUGAUCAACCAAGAACCCGUCAAGGGAGGUAACCGACAACCACGUUGUGGACAGUUAGAUGACCACACCUUGACCAAGUUGGUCAAUCCAGCCAUCAUGACCACUCUCGAGUUGGAUAAUGCCAAGUUGCUCAAUGGAUCGUUCCUCCGUUUCGUCGGCAGCAGUUGUAACGUGUUGACCAAGUUGUCGUUGGCUCAUUGCACCGGUAUCACUUCAGAGUCCUUCCAAGUGAUUGGAAAUGCAUGCAAGCGAUCACUAGAGGUACUGGUGUUGCGUGGUUGCUUCCAGUUGGGAAACAACGCUAUUCUCUCGUUCCUCAGAGGUUGUAACAACCUGACCAACGUCGACCUGAGUGGAUGUAUCAAGGUGACUGACAGCUCUGUACACGAGUUGCACCAAAACAACCGUCGUCUGCAGAGUCUAGAGUUGCGCAAGUGCGCUCAAGUCACCGAUGCAGCGUUCCAGUCGUUCAACAUCCCCACGCUUACCAACCUCGAUCUCCUGGAGUGCGGCCAUAUCACCGACCAUUCCAUUAAUAUCUCGACCAACGCAUUCCAAUUUGACGAUGACACCAUCGAUCACCAACUCACUCAGCUACACCAACAACACCACCACUCUCACCACAGCGGCAACAUGCACAACAGCCACGACAAUGUCGUCAUGGCGAUUGACGACGACGCCAACUCGACCACCACCACCAACACGACUGCCACGGGCACCGGCACCAACCUCACCCUCUCUGCUGCAUCCAUGGCACUCAACAGUCUCAAGAACCUCACCCACAUUGAUCUCAAUCGUUGCAUACUUGUCAAUGACUCGACUGUCCUCGGCUUGACCGCAUACGCCACCCAUCUCGAAACAAUCAGUUUGGCUUGGUGUGAAGACAUUACCGACGAAUCCGUUCUUGCAAUUGCCCAACGUUGCACUCAACUCAAAAACGUCGACCUUACAAAAUGCAAGCAUGUCACGGAUCUCUCCAUCAUUGAACUGGCCAAGCAAAAGAAUCUUACACGUCUUGUACUAUUUAGCUGUACGCAGGUGAGUGAUCGCUCGAUUGUCGAGGUUGCCACACGCUGCCAUUCACUCAUCCACCUCGAUCUGUCACAAUGUGAAAAGGUGUCGGAUGUCAGUCUUGUAAAGAUUGCUCAGGGAUUACCAUUGCUUCGUGUGUUGUGUAUGGAAGAGUGUGCUAUCACUGAUACGGGAGUAUCUGCACUCGGUGCCAUUUCCCAAGGCUAUGGCUGCCAAUACCUAGAAGUUGUAAAGUUUGGAUACUGUCGUUUCCUUUCAGAUGCUGCUCUUGAGCGUCUCGCCGUCGGUUGUCCAAUGGUCGUCAACCUCGAUCUUUCCUACUGCUCCAAUCUCAUUACCCCACACGGUCUCCGUCGUGUCAUUGGUGCCUGGUCCAAGCGUCUCCACACCCUCCGUCUCCGUGGAUACAUCUCACUGACCAACGAAAACCUCACUCAGGAUCUAGUGCUCGAGAAGCUCAAGACUCUCAACAUCUCUUGGUGCUCCAACAUUGAGGACGCUUGUCUUGUCCAAUUCACCAAGAACUGUCCCAUCCUCGAAAACAUGGAUCUCUCUCGUUGCCCACGUAUCACCGAUGCCGCCAUUGAAUCUGUCAUUGACAAUUGUCCCUCUGUUCGUCUCAUCAACGUCUCUGGUUGUAAAGAAAUCUCCAAUUUUACGAUUCAAAAGUUAACUUCACUUGGAAAAUCAAUCUAUAGAUAA